CGCAGGAGCGAUGUAAAAAACUUUAUUUAAUUUCAUGUCAUGUCUAUUUUUACUGGCUUAAACAUGUGGCAGUUCGAUGAGGGCAAGUGUCACAUCUGCCAGCGUGUAUUCUGUUGCGGUAAAUGCCGCAAUAAGCAUCAGUUCAAAACCCACGCCAUUGCAGUGAGAGAGCCGCUUGCUAUGGCUAAUGCUAUCGGCAUAGUCGAACAUAAAAUGAAAAUGGAGUCGGGACUGACUACUAUCUACGUGUUCUGUCCGAUAUGCGAGCGCAAGCCCCUUGUGCUGUGUGAGGAAAUCUAUGCGGAGCUAUUGGCGCACAUCGAGACCGCCCACCUACCGCUGCGAUGUCGCAAGUGUUUACGCAACUACACGAAGAUCAACGAUCUGCAAGAGUUCAGCAAGUGCGUGGAUAUGCGACAGGACUGCAGUGGCAGCGGCAGCGAUCUAACUGCCAAUACGGAAUCAUCCAAAGUGACUGUAAAGCAGGCGCUGGCUAUGGUACCCGCUUCGGGUGCGCCAAUGUGCACCACCAUCUCCACCCAGACCUCGCCGGGCUUGACGCCCAUUUCGUUGAUCAAUAUGCGCUGGAAGGCCAAGAGUCGUGUCACCCACGACGAACUGAUAGGCGACAGUGUCUCCUCCAUCAGGAAUAUCUCAUCCAUCAGUAAUGGAUCAUCGAUUAGGCGCAGCAUCGGUCAGCUGGCAAACCUGCAUGAAACCGUAGAAAAGGGGAAGAUAAUUCGAUCCACUUCAACCCCCGUCCAGUUGGAGUCGAUGUUUGCCAAGCCCAAGGAGCCGCUCACCUUCAAUGCCUCCAAUGGGGGACACGUGUCGAGCAUCUAUCAGGAGGAGCCGAGCCCGGCCCUUGAGGGAAAUCCGAUCCAGCAGCAGCUGCAGCAGCGUGCCUGGAAGGUGGGGGCUCGCAACAAGAUAAGCGCUGUCACCCCACUCCGACAGGUCAUGUCCAAGAGCAUUCAGAAAGCCUUUGUCGAGCAUGGAGCAAUGCUGGUUCCUCCCCCGACCGGCCUUAUCCAGCGGCGGGUUCGUCUCGAUCUCAGCGAUAACAAUAGCUACUCGGCCGAUGGGGGAGCAGCUGGAUCAUCUGCUUUAGAUCUGCGCCUUUCGCCCGUCGUUCGACGAACUCAAAGUGAGAGCUCUUCCUCGGAGACGAAUUCCUUGUCGCAUCCUCAUGAUGUUUACAGGAGGCCAUAUCUGCUCUCGGCCCAAAAACUGACCACAGAGUCGAUUAUCAUUACCAGGACCAUGCCCUCGAGCAUUGGGGAGAGUAGCGGGUCGACCGUUUACAAUUCCUGCGAGAGUGUGGAGAUCAUCCGAUCCACCUCGGAGUCGGCGGAGGUUCAUGUGCCGCCCAUUACACCCAUCACCAGAGUUACUGGCGCUGCCAUUAAUAAGAAGCAAAUUAAAUUUGAGACACCGUACAAGAGCCAGGAAGUAGCCUUCCAGAAUGGGGAGGAGGACAGUAAGGAUACAUUCUACACUCCGAAUACUGGCACACCGGAGCGUCCAGAGCGGCGCAGGCAGCCGAUUGUACCGCGCCAGAUAAGCGGGGAGUUCUCGCCCGCCAUCAAGAAGGAGAAGUCUGUGGCAUCCAUGUAUCGCAGUUCACCGCCGCCGGAACGUCUCAGAGCUCGUCCGCCGCUGCGAGAUUGCUACAAGCUGGCAGCCUUCAGUGGGGUCCAGGACCUGCCAGUGGGUCAAAGUCCUGGGGUGGAGGAAGAUGAAGAUGAAGAGGUCUUUUUGCCCACCAAUGCCUCCACACGAAAAGAUAAGAAGCAGGAUCAGGGCACAGGACGCCUAUGGUCCAUAAUGAGCUCCAUGAUGCGACUGCCGGCCACAUUGCGAGGCGACAAGGAUAACAAGGAGAACAAUGGAUCAUCUGGCUCCCUAAUCAGACGUUGCGCCUCGAUAGCAGGCUCUCUUGUGCGCACCUCGACGCAAGCUACGGAUGAUGUGCAGCCCUUGAAGCGGAAGCGCACUCAGACACUGGAUAAUCAGUAUUACAAUUCCAUGUCGCCGUCCAGUUCGUCGAAGCGGUAUCGCAUCCGGCCCAGGGAACCAAUUGAGCGGAUGCGCCAGACCUAACUAAUAGUUUUAAAUAUUGUGUUUCAUGUUUCUUUUUAUAUUCAAAUAAAAGUCUUGUGUUAUUGUA